GACCAUUUAAAUAAUAAAGAGUACUAGUUGGAGGUCUUUACCAGAUAAAUCCUUGAGCAGAGUACUGAAACAUAACACGUCUUAUAAAUCUAUUAUUUUUUUCCACCGCAAAUGUAAGAUAUUCUUAAUUUCUCAUAUUUUGAAGUUUUUUAUUGGGUUUUGAUAUAAACCUUAGUGAGGGCUUCUAAAGUCCCUUCUUAACUUGUAAGAAACGUUAGAAAGGAAGAAAUUAUUUGAGAAGAGAUGCGUGGCAUACCGUACGGCGGUGUCUAAGUAUUGGGUAUUAUUAAGCCACGUGGCAAUAUUAAAUGAUGAACGUUAUCUUUCCAACCAACAAAUUAUCUCAUCACUCACCCAUUUCUAGACCAAACAUAUCCUUUUCAAUUUCUCCAUAACACUUCACACUCUACCUGCUGCUGCAUUCCUCCUAUUCAACACUAUUACAACUUCUAAUGCAUAAAGUACAACAUCUCACAGGUAGAGGGGAUCAGUGAAGCUUUAAAACUGUGACAAAUGGAAAUAUCUAAUGCUGAAUCAAGCACAAAGAAAACUAAUAACAAAUGGAUGGCAUUUGACAAAGUUCCUGAUCAAAACACACCACCAGUAGCUAGAAUCACUCCACCUGAAAAUGACCAGAUUGACAUAGAAACAAUAGCUGAAAGGACGGCAGAAUGGCCUGGAGGGGCGAUGGUGGCAAGUUUAAUUGCAGACGAGGAGGGGAGCAUGAGGAGCUCAUCGGCAUCAUGGAGGUCGUCGCAUGAUGACUCCUUUUCAUCCAAUCAGCCACGAGUUUCACAAGAGUUAAAAGAUGCUUUGGCCACCCUUCAACAGACGUUUGUUGUUUCCGAUGCCACAAAGCCAGACUGCCCCAUCAUGUAUGCUAGCAGUGGCUUCUUCACAAUGACCGGCUAUUCUUCCAAAGAAGUUAUUGGUAGAAACUGCCGGUUUCUACAGGGGAAGGAUACGGACCAGAAAGAGGUGGAUAAGAUACGCCAUGCGGUCAAAACAGGCACCAGUUACUGUGGCAGGCUCUACAACUACAAGAAAGAUGGGACCCCCUUUUGGAAUCUACUCACCAUCACUCCUAUCAAAGAUGAUAAUGGAAAGACCAUCAAGUUCAUUGGAAUGCAAGUAGAAGUCAGCAAAUACACAGAAGGUGUGAAUGAAAAGCAGCUUAGACCAAAUGGAUUGCCAAAGUCACUAAUUCGCUACGAUGCUCGUCAGAAGGAGACAGCACUUGGUGACAUAGUGGAGGUUGUACAGACUGUUGAGCGUCCGCGCGCUCGAUUUAGUAAAACAGAAAUUCAGGAGAAGAUCGUUGAAUCCCCACUUUCAGAAAAACCGAGUCUAGUUACACCUGGAAGAGAAACGCCCGUCUUUGAUCCUAAAGGCGAUGCAGAUUCUUUGACUGCAUCUAAUACAAAAUCCAAGAAAUCAAUUCGCAAUUCCUUAACCGGGGCCAAAGGAAGGACGUCGACCCACGAGCGUCAACCAAGUAUUGAGCCAGAGGAGUUAAUGACAAAAGAUGUAUCUCGCACUGAUAGCUGGGAUCGUGCACAAAGAGUGAGGGACAUGCGUCAGGGAAUAGACUUAGCAACUACACUUGAACGCAUCGAAAAGAAUUUUGUUAUAUCAGAUCCUAGGCUCCCUGAUUGCCCCAUUAUUUUUGCAUCGGAUAGCUUCUUGGAGUUAACAGAGUAUACACGUGAGGAAAUUUUGGGCAGAAACUGUCGAUUUCUGCAAGGACCUGAAACAGAUCAAGGAACCGUUGAUCAAAUACGAGCUGCUAUCAGAGAACAAAGGGAAAUUACUGUGCAGUUAAUUAACUAUACAAAGAGUGGGAAGAAAUUCUGGAAUUUAUUCCACUUGCAACCUAUGCGUGACCAAAAGGGAGAACUUCAAUACUUCAUUGGCGUCCAACUAGAUGGAAGCGGUCACGUCGAACCACUAAGGAAUCGCCUUUCAGACACCACGGAGAAAGAAAGUGCUAAGCUGGUCAAAGCUACAGCAGAAAAUGUUAAUGAAGCUGUUCGAGAACUUCCUGAUGCCAACUUGAGGCCGGAGGACUUGUGGGCUAUCCACUCUCAACGUGUCUUUCCUAGGCCUCACAAGAAGCACAAUUCUUCAUGGAAAGCAAUACAAAAGAUCACUGCAAGUGGUGAAAUAAUCGGACUUGAUCAUUUUAAGCCUAUUCGGCCUUUGGGAAGUGGAGAUACCGGCAGUGUCCAUUUGGUUGAACUGAAAGGUACUGGCGAACUUUUUGCCAUGAAGGCAAUGGAUAAAUCAGUAAUGUUGAACCGCAACAAGGUUCAUCGCGCUUGCAUUGAAAGGGAGAUAAUUGCACUACUAGAUCACCCUUUCCUCCCUACUCUGUACACAUCCUUUCAGACUCCAACACAUGUCUGCUUGAUAACAGACUUUUGCCCCGGAGGGGAGCUAUUUGCUCUGCUUGACAAACAACCGCUGAAAUUAGUCAGCGAAGAGUCUGCAAGGUUCUAUGCAGCUGAGGUUGUAAUUGGCUUAGAGUAUCUCCAUUGUUUAGGUAUCAUCUAUAGGGACUUGAAACCGGAGAACAUACUACUUCAAUCAGAUGGACAUGUCGUAUUGAGCGACUUUGAUCUAUCAUUUAGGACUCAGUGUAGACCUCAAGUCAUUAAGCAUCCUAAGCCUAAAAGAAAAUCUAGGAGCCAACCCCCACCAACAUUCUUUGCUGAACCAUUUACGCAAUCAAAUUCAUUUGUUGGGACAGAAGAAUACAUUGCUCCGGAAAUCAUAACUGGAGCUGGCCACACUAGCGCUAUCGAUUGGUGGGCUGUCGGUAAGUUUGUUUACUCUCAUGCACUAUCAAUCUCGGUGCCUUUCAGUUGUUUUAGUUUUUUUCAAUAUUUUCUUGCAGGCAUUUUGAUAUAUGAGAUGCUUUAUGGUCGUACGCCAUUUCGUGGAAAGAAUAGGCAGAAGACAUUUGCAAAUAUAUUGCAUAAAGAUUUAACAUUUCCAAGUAGCAUUCCGGUAAGUCUUGCUGCAAGACAGCUGAUUCAUGCAUUGUUGAACAGAGACCCUGCAGCCCGUUUAGGAUCAAACGGUGGUGCCAUUGCAAUAAAAGAACAUGCAUUUUUCCGUGGAAUAAAUUGGGCUUUGAUUCGCUGCAUGAGCCCACCACCGUUAGAUGCACCUCUUGAGUUAAUUAAGGCAGAUCCAAACGCAAAAGAUGUAGAAUGGGAUGAUGGUGCCAUGCUAGAUAACUCUAUGGAUGUAUUCUAAAGGGAAGUUAAAUGUAAAUCGUGAAUAAGAAAAAAUCCUGUAUAUGAGAAGUCAGAUUGUACACUGAACAUGUCACGCCCCAUAGGUUUGAUGAUUUCUUACUGCUACCCGACUUUUAUGCAUUCGUUUUAGGUAGCUGUAAGUCUUGACGGGUUCCGUAUUUCACUCUCGAGAUUGUUAAUUAUGUAAUUUUUGUAUCUACUUCAUAUUGAGUGUCAUAAAACAACAUAUGUAUUAGUAAAUAAGGAAUAAAUGUGUUGUGUAUUAAGCAAAGAUCAUUACAUAGCUUUCGUGGUA